GUGGCACCAUGUCUAUCUGCCCCUCAUGCCCUCCUCACUCCAAGAUUACCUCCAGGCGCCGAUGCCUUUCAUCAUCGGCCUCCCUGCGCAGCUGUUGCAUGCUGUGGAGGACCCACAGAUGAGCGAGGUCACGCUGGUGGAUUUGGAUAGGGGCUCGACGGAGCCAGUUCCGGGAUCCAGUGGGGACGAUGCACAUGUGCUGCCAUAUCGAGAGAGGCUGGAGGGCGCACUGGCAGAGGCCAUGUCAGGCCUAAGGUCCCCAUACGAAUUUGAAGGGAAUACUGCGAUACAUGGUGUCAUAACAGACUUUUUUGUGAAGCUCUUCAAGAAUUACAGGCGUUUUAUCAGUAAGCGAUCAACUGGCAGUAAUGGCUUUGGCGGCAAUGGUAUUGGCAGCAAUGGCAGUGCAGGCAAGCUUGCACGCAGCCGGGGACCUGCUGAAGAUGAGGACAAUGGGCUGUUUGGCUAUGGCUACUAUUUUGAUUACGUGUCAUUUGUGGCAUCCCACAGGAGAAAUGAACAGGCCCGGCAAUUUCUUACACUCUUUCGCCACAGCCAGAUGUUUGAGAUGUUCGUUCAAGAGCGGCUGCAGAUGGCAUCGAAGGGACAUUUCCCCUCAGACGAUGCGUUUGAAUACAAAAUCAAUCUGCUGGAAGAGCAGGGCGCAAGACGAAAGCUGGGUCUGAAGCCAGCUGUGAAGAGCUUGUCCCGGAGGAUUGCCUCAAGGAAGCACCUCAACGUUUCAGGAACAUUCAUACACAGGAACCCCACUAUGCUGAGUGACAUGGCACCUGCAGCACUGAAGAAGGCCAUUUCACGUGCCUCCAGCCCUGAUUCGCAUCUGGGCGGACGCAGUCCGCUGGCGUCUGGUCAGAGCAAAUCGGAGCCGCAGAGUCCUGGAUUGGCUAACAAGUCGGGCCCCACACGUGUGUACGCACACCGCAAAUCCCUUUCCACUGACAGCGACCUGCAUGCUGUCCGCAGUGGAGCAUCGUUUGCAUCAAGGGAAGACUCAAAUUCAGGGUUGGAGGGAAACCGAUCUUUCGAUUUGUCACACAGUGGCAUGCACAGGUUGGGGAGUGCACCAUCGAUUGGCGAUCUGAUCCAUUUCAGCUACAGUGAUGACUCAGACGUCGAUGGGCCUCAUCCAUCGGCGCAACAACCUGCGACUGAACCAGCAACAGCCGAGAUUGCAGUCACAAGCACCAACAAGAAGAUGGCCUCGAAUGCAGAGGAUGCAAUCAGCGUUUUGUCUGCAGCCCUACAGAAUUCCCUGCCUGGGGGUGCAGAUGCGGCGGACGAGAAGUCGACAGGGUCAACGUGGUCAAGGGUGAACAGCUUGAGAGGGUGGGCCAGUAAUGACCAAGUCCCAGGGGAUGGGGUGGCGAGCGCUGGUACACCGCCCCAGGUAAGCUCCUGUUCACCAAUAGUAGCAGGAGCCACACAGACAAGGACAUCCACUGGAGGGUGGGUGGACUUUUCGACGCCAGGGCCGUCCAGGCUUCCAAACCCGAUGGUAGACACCACGCCUGUGCCGUUCAACCGCAUGGCCCAGACAGGUUACACUCCAGGGUGGGGCAGUACUUUUGCUCAGCCAUCCACGAGUGCUCACAGUAUGGUGCUGCCGGCCUGGCCAAGCUGCUCGCCUCCACCACGGGGAUACACCCUCGCAAGCGGCAGUGCAGGGGUGUGGGAGCGGCAAAUGGGGGCAUUGGCCAGUGGGAGCAUCUCCCCGCCACAGAGGACCACUGCACACAGCUUCAGCCGUUCGUGUGUGCUGCCAGAUGAGCUGACCGUGUCGCCUGGCAGUGGGAGUUACGAAGAUGAUGGGGAGGGCGGGCUGAAACAGACGAUGCGGGCUAGGUCCAGCAAGAUGCUUGCCCACAUGGUUGAUGCCAACCUGAGAUCUUUCGAUCAGCUUGGCCAGGGCCUAUGGCGGCCAGGGGUGCCCUCGGAGGGCCCGGCACCGGUCCCCACCAGCGCGAUGCGGCCUGGGUCGCCAUGA